GGGAUAGAUCCUGACUCGAGUCGAUGCUUUCGAGAUUCAGACUGCAUCGGCCCUCCGUCCGUCGCCUGUCCACGAUGGCUGCAAACUCGUACCAGGGGCCCUGGACCGCCCGCAAAGUCCGCGAAGAGUUCUUCAACUACUUCCGCUCAAAGGACCACACCUUUGUGCCCUCGUCCAGCACAAUUCCCUACGAAGACCCCACCCUGCUCUUUGCAAAUGCUGGGAUGAACCAGUUCAAGAACAUAUUCCUCGGCACCGUCGAUCCUCACUCGGAGAUGGCAAAGUGGAAGCGUGCCUUUAACUCGCAGAAGUGUAUCAGAGCCGGAGGAAAACAUAACGACCUAGAGGAUGUCGGGAAAGACUCCUACCACCAUACCUUCUUCGAAAUGUUGGGCAACUGGUCUUUCGGGGAUUACUUCAAGAAAGAAGCAAUACAAUUCUCAUGGGAGGUCUUAACCGUCGUGUACGGCUUGCCCAAGGAUCGCCUGUAUGUCACGUACUUUGAAGGGGACCCCCGGAAUAACCUGGAACCCGACCUUGAAGCCAAACAGUACUGGCUGGAGCAGGGUGUCCCGGAAGAUCACAUUCUUCCCGGAAAUGCAAAGGACAACUUCUGGGAAAUGGGUGCUACUGGACCCUGUGGACCAUGCAGUGAGAUACACUACGACAGGAUAGGCGGUCGCAACGCCGCACAUCUCGUCAAUCAGGACGAUCCCGACGUGCUGGAAAUUUGGAAUAAUGUCUUCAUCCAGUUCAACCGAGAAACCGACGGCACAUUGAAAAGUCUUCCUUCCAAACACGUCGAUACCGGAAUGGGCUUCGAACGCCUCGUCUCCGUUAUCCAGGACAAGCGCUCGAACUACGACACGGAUGUCUUCCUCCCCAUCUUCGCCAAGAUCCAGGAGCUCACUGGCGUCCGGCCAUACGCCGGGAAGUUUGGUGACGAAGAUGUCGACGGAAUUGACACUGCUUAUCGUGUAGUCGCUGACCACGUCCGGACCUUGACUUUCGCUCUCAGUGAUGGUGGGGUACCAAGUAACGUAGGCCGCGGCUAUGUCUUGCGGCGCAUUCUACGGCGAGGAUCGCGCUACGCGAGGAAAAAGCUCGGCGUUACUAUCGGGUCCUUCUUUUCCUCGUUAAUACCUGUUGUGGUGGAAACCAUGGGUGAUGUCUUCCCCGAGAUCACCAAAAAUACUGAAGAGACAAAACGUAUCUUGGAUGAAGAGGAAGAAUCCUUCUCACGCACACUAGACCGGGGCGAAAAGUUGUUCGAACAAUACGCUUCCCGCGCCCGGCAACAAGGGCUCAAGGAGCUCAAUGGCAAGGAUGUCUGGCGUUUGUACGAUACCUACGGUUUCCCCGAAGAUUUGACUCGUCUAAUGGCUGCAGAGCUUGGGCUGGGGAUCAACGACAAAGAGUUCGAAGAGGCCCAGGCUGCAUCCAAGGAGGCCAGCAAGGCUUCCGCCAAAAAGGGGACCAAGGAUGUCCUCAAGCUCGACGUCCACGAUAUCGCUGCGCUUGAGAAGAACUCGUCGGUGCCCAAGACGGAUGACUCUGCCAAGUAUUCUCUUGGAACUAUAUCCGCCAAUGUCAAGGCGAUAUAUUACAACAAGUCGUUUGUAGAGUCAACCGCCGACAUCCCUGAAGACGCGACGUUUGGGUUGAUCCUGGACAGGACAAAUUUCUAUGCGGAAUCUGGUGGUCAAGAAUACGACCAAGGGAAUAUCGUGAUUGAUGGUGCCGCCGAUUUCGAGGUCGAGGAUGUGCAAGUCUUCAACGGUUACGUCCUCCAUGCUGGUCAUCUCAAGUAUGGAGCCAUCCAGACUGGAGCGGAGGUUAUAUGUUCGUACGAUGAGCUUAGACGGUGGCCAAUAAGGAAUAAUCACACCGCGACGCAUAUCCUCAACUUCUGCCUUCGUGAAGUCCUCGGCGAUCAUAUCGAUCAGAAAGGCUCCCUGGUUGCACCCACGAAACUGCGGUUUGAUUUCUCGCACAAGGCACAGAUCUCUUCGCAGGACCUUGCCAAAAUAGAAUCAAUGAGCAAGGAUUGGAUCAAGAAGAACGUGGGUGUCUAUAGCAAAGAUAUGGACCUGAAGGUGGCGCAGAAGAUUCCUGGCCUCAGGGCUGUGUUCGGAGAAUCCUACCCUGAUCCGGUACGCGUGGUAGCCCUGGAGUAUGAUGUCAACGAGAUCAUGAAGGAUGUCGAGAACCCGAAAUGGCGGAGCACCAGUGUGGAAUUCUGUGGCGGCACCCACGUCGCGAGGACGGGCGAGAUAAAGGAUUUCGUUAUCAUUGAGGAGUCAGGGAUUGCAAAAGGCAUCCGGCGAAUAACGGCUGUAACUGGCCACGAAGCCCUCGAAGUCACCCAAGUCGCUGCUGCGCUACGAACGCGGCUUGAUGACAUUGACCGGAUGACGGGCAAACAGAAAGAUGCCGAAUUAAAAGCGUACAGCGUCGAGCUCGGCCAAGUAGACAUAUCCGCUGUGUUGAAAGCUGAGCUGCGAGAUCGCUUGGCGGCAAUAAGGAAAGCAUUUGACAAGCAGAUAAAAGAGAGGGAAGCCGCGGCGAACAAAGCUGCUGUCGAUGUUGUCACUCAGUAUUUCAAGGAUAACGAGAGCUCCGAAGUGUACGUCGGAGUGCUGGAUGUCGACGGCAAUGCCAAAAUCCUGCAGAACGUCGUAGCCAAUGCCAGGAAGCUGAAUAAAGCUGUCUACGUCUUCAGUCGAGACGCAGAAGGCACUCGGGUGGUGCAUGCGAACUUCGUCUCUGAAGCUGCCAAGUCCAGGGGCAUCGACGGUCGGAAAUGGGCUACUGCCGUUUCCGAAGUAAUAGGUGGAAAGGCUGGAGGCAAGGAGGAUAGUGCUCAAGGCGUCGGGAGUGACGCAUCCAGACUUGAGGAUGCUGUGAAAGCGGCGCAGAAAUACUUCGAGGAGUCCAAGAAAGAUUAAUCCAUUCUUGUAUAUAUGUAGAUGCUCGCAGUCUUUUACCGUAGAUUCCAACCCUAUAAUUGCGAGCGAAGUGAGCAAUUCUUCACUAGGGCAGAAGUCCGCGACAAACAUGUACAAAUUCUACUCCCGGUGGCUGAGGG